UCAUUAUCGUUGUCUUAGAUAGUGCGUCGUUGAUCGAUGAAUUUUUUUUUCUCUAAAACCAGCUUCACCUGUUUACAUAAUGAUGAUGAAUGUGACCAACUCGGAAGAAGCUUUAAAAUCUUAUUGUAAAUCAAAAGGUUAUGAGAAACCAAUCUAUGAGAUUAUAUCGCGUGCUUCAACGCGUUUGGAUGAUAAUACCUAUCGCCAUAAACAUUAUAUUUGUUCGGUUACAGUGAAUGGAAAACAUCUGGCCAAUGGAGACGGUUUUAGUAAACGCAUUGCAAGAAAAAAAGCAGCAAUGUAUGGGCUACAAAAUCUUCGAAUUUUGGAGAUGAGCAAUUUUUUCAAUGUAUUCAGAGAUAUUCUACCACAACGUGCCAUUGGAUAUGGCCAACGAGAAUCAACAAACGUUCAAUUUAGCCCAUCCGUUGAAAUUGAAGAAAUGUUGAGCAUCGAAAAUGUUUAUAAUGAAAUUCGAUCACCGGCUGUACAAAAUAAUUGUCCAAAAUCUCCUGAUGAACAAUUGUCGACCAUAAAAGAAACAACAAAGAAAUCAACGACUGAUGGCAAUGAUGUUGACACUGUUGUUAUGGUAGGCGAAAAUCAACAUCCACCUACGAAAAUUAAUGAAACGAAUUCGAAUAGCCGUCGAGAUAGUGAUCCAUCACAGGAUUUAAUUCUGGCUGCUAUUGCCAAAUUGAGAAGCUAUGAUGAAGUGGUAGACGAGAUAAAAACUCAUCAUAAUGGUAACAACAACAAUGAUAAGGAUAAACAAGAAUCCAAAGUGAUAAAAUUUAUUGUCAAAGAAAAUGUUGAACAAAUGCAACAAGUAACGAAAGAAAUUCUCAAUUUAAAUCUCGAUGGCAAUAAUAAUAAUAAUAAUAAUAGUGAUGAUGAUAAUGGCAAAUCUAUCGAAUAUAUUGAUGAUGUUCGUUGUUCUCCAUUGGAUAUGAAAACGGUGCUCAUGGAAAAAAUUAAAUCAAGUUCUUCCGGCAAAACGGAUGAAAAAAUCUACAAGAUUUAAAUAUAAUAACAAAUGACAACAUGUCAUUCAUCAAUUCGAGAAACUAAUUUAAUAUUUAAAAAAAUCUGAAAUAAAAUUCAAAUUUUUUCAUUUAGAA